AUGGAUCAUCAUUGUCCGUGGUUGCUCAAUCGCUGCGUCGGCUUUUACAAUUACAAGUAUUUCCUUCUAUUACUCUUCUACGCAGCAGUUCUCUGCUUGUAUGCUUUCGCAAUGACAGUAUACACUCUCGUACGCUCCAUCAAGCUCAACAUGACAAUAGAUCCUUGGUACGCACAGAUCGAGUGGGCUUUUGCGGCCGUAGAGACGUGUACGCUGGGAUUAGCGCUCUUAGGUUUUUGGAUCUGGCACUGCACGCUUGUAGGGCGUAACAAAACAACUAUAGAGGCAUUAGAGACGGAUCGGGCACACCGCAGUCACAGUCCGCGAUAUACAGCACCAACUACAUCACCCGAUAGCGCCAUUCUGCCACCGCCACCACCGUCCACCUCUCUUAGUGGAUGGGAGAGAAGUAAACUGACGCAGCUCGCUCUGGUCAAUAUAUUCGAUCGCGGGUGUUUAAAUAACUUUAUGGAUGUCUUGGGGUGGGAUGGUCGCGCCGGGUUGUUUGGCUGGUGGGUGUGGUUUGUACCGUUCAAAAACACAGCUGGAGCGCACACUCAGCCUGACACUUUCACCGUGGAAACUCAGCAAGCACUCAAGGUGUCUGCUAUUAGAGAAGAGCUUGACCGGUACUGGUAUCGGUGA